AGUGCUGCUGCGGGUUUCGGAUGACCACGGAUUCUCUCCUUCUGCGCGGUAGUGCGUUGUUUGCCUCCUUCCGGUUUUUCAACUCCCCCGGGCCAAGGCAGUGAAGUGAAGUUUUUCCGCUGACGUUGCCUUUCCCUCAGCCAGGACACCAGCCGCCACAGCAAGCGACGAUGACAGACGGCCGCCGCAGACUCAGGUGGCGCUCGGACUAACACUGGAAUGCCGGCCGCCGGCUCCUAGUGCUGCCAGAGAGUGAGGACCAGUAAGGAAGCCCCCAGAGACCGGAGUGUUUUCCAUUGCGUAACAUAACGUGCGUGCGUGCGUGCGGUGUGAGUUUGUUUUCACGCGAAGAAAAACUGUUUGUUGUGCAAUACAUGUGAAACGCAAAGCCGAGGAGCUAGCAAGCGAUAAUUCUGACAGCUCUCACCUGAGCGGCGCCGUUCAGCGUGAGCAACGGGUCGAAAUUGGGCCACUCACGGACGGACGCUCUCAUUAUAAGCGGGGGCCACUCAGCUACACGUCGUAAAUUUGCUGCACACUUAUCCCGCGUGGCAGAUCGGGAGAUGAAGGAAGCUGCUCGCUAAAAAUCACUCAAUUAACAUAACAACAACAGCACCACUACACUUCGAACGUGGGUGCUCUUGGAGAGGAGGGCGAAAACGGGGUUUGUGAGUGAAAAUAUGGCCGGAGCCAAGCCCUCCUGGUAAGGUUGGUCCUGGAGACUUGGACCUCGGGUCGAAGCAUCUGUUUGUGUGUGUCUGUGAUUUGUUUUUGUUUUGGUUGCUGACCUGGGAACUGCUUGACCAGGUUCUCUCUCCAGACUCGUGCGUUUGUAGUCGCCCGGAAAUGGACUUCCGCUGCUCGAGUGACGUGAGUGCGUGAAUCGCGUGUCCAGUGAACACGACAAUCUCGCCGGGCUGCAACCGUGCAGUCGUGCUUCUAUCACGGUGUACUCCUCGUUCCCUCUCUGUGUGCGUGCGUCGGUGGGAACGGUAAGGUGAGUGCAGGCCGUGCACGCCACUACGGGAUUUUCGGGAGCUCUCCACUAUGCUCUCCUACGGGAUGCCAGUCGAGGACAUAGCGCCGGCUCGAAAGGAGGACAUUGUGCGAAAUCGGGCCCUCGACCUCGGUGCAUCAUCCAACAGCACCACCACCAUACGGUCCGCCAUCAAACCCUCGUCGAUCCAGCAAUCACCAGCACCACCAGCAGUAGCAGCAGCAGCAGCAGCGCCACCACAACAACAUCGCUAUCAGGCGGUCGGUGGUGGUCGGACGGGGUCCUCCAGGCUGGCGAAGGAGCCACAGGGCGAGAGUUCAACCGAACCACUGCUGCUGCUGUUGCCGCCACCGCCGAAGGACUCCACGUCGGCCAAGGUCAGGGUCGUGGCGACCCAUCGCGGUCGCUUGGUUGCCAGUGACGUGGUGAACGGCAACGGGGCGGGCGACGGAACGGCCAUGUCGAAGCUGGCCGGCUUACUGAAGCACAGCACCAGCGCUCCCGGACGUGGCUGUAUUAAGAGUAGCACCACGGCGGCAGGCAGAAGUAGUAGUAGUAGUAGUAGUAGUAGUAGCCAUACCGGUAAUGUCUACUACAACGGUUACCGUGCGGUAAACGAGGAUGACGAUGAUGAGGAGGAGGAGGAAGAGGUGAAGGAGGAGCAGGAGCACGGGGAGGAGGAGGACGACGAUGAUAAGAAGGGCGAAGAAGAAGAAGAGAAAAAGAAAGAUAAAAAACAGGACAAAGAAAAAGAGCAGAAGGAUCAGCAAAAACAGAAAGAGAAAGAAAAAGAGAAAGAAAAGGAGAAAAAGAAAGAAAAAGCAAAGGAGAAGGAGAAAGAAAAGAAGCAAAAACCGCAGCUCCUGCUGCGGAACUCUUGCAAUCAGCAGCAGCAGCAGCCCGCCUCCGUUGACUCCCACCUCACCUCAAUCAAUCCCCGAAGUGGAGCGAACCCCCGGCCCACACUACCGCUCCCUACGGCCGGCAAGUUUGUCCUGCCGGCACCUCCCGUCAUGAAACCGCUCAACGGGAACGGGACGACGAUGGACCUGAGCGUCACUACGCGUGCUACGACGACCGACGAUGGCGGUGGCGACGGCAGCGGUGACGUGCCCUUCGGUUCGGACUCGAACUCCCCGAUGGACGCUGCAGCCGCUGACUGCGGGGCUUCGGGCCGGCCAAAGGUCAACAAGCUCGGCAAGCUCCCCAGCAAAAGUGUACCACUGAAAAGAGUAUCGUUCGGGUCAUCGAAAGGCUCGAUGGUAGAGACGCUUGUGUUCGAGACGCCCACACCGCUGCCGGAGCACGCCGAGCGGGAGUUUUUCCAAUCGCCGGCCGUACUACUGGGGUCCGGCCACACGACCGUCCACAGUGGAGGCGGCGCAACGGUGCAACAGGGCUUCCCGGCUGCACCGGGCGGCACUUCAACCCCGACACCGAACCAACACCCGCAUCUGUAUCCGUACCACCAGCAGCAGCAUCAUCCGCAGCAGCAGCACCAUCACCAUCACGCGCACCACUACUACCCGCUGGACGGUGCCGGUCCGACUGUCGGACUCGGCGGACGGCCCCUCGACGAUAGUGGCAUCGAGCUGCAAGAAGAAGUAGAGCGCUCGAAGGUGCGUGUGUCUUUCUUUCAAAGCAGCAAACCGCAAUCAAUUAGUCCACCGGAGCUGCUGCACCUGUACGGCGGCGGCGGCGGCGGUCAGAAUUUGAUCUAUUUCGGUGACGGCGGCGGUGGAGACGGCGGCAGCUCAGAAUGCUAUGUUAACAACAACAACUCCACGCUAGACACGUACAUCACGUCGGCAGCACUCAAUCAACAGUACGACUCGCUACCGGGCCAUCAAACGCAGCAGCCACCACACCUGCACCCGGAUCACUGGGAUCCCAACAUGGCCGCCUUCUACGGUACCGGUACCGUCCCGCCACCAUCAGCGUACAAUCGCCAGAUGAGCACCGAAUCAGGCUGGGACAAUCCGUUCAGACCGGGAGGCGAUCUGUCGCGGGAGGCCGAUGAAAUAGUUAAUCUUAUCAAGGGCGGCAAACCUAUUACGCCGACGGGUGAUCAAAGCUUAGUGAACGGGGAUGGUGUAGUGGAUGGUGAAGGCACGGACCCUACCGACAGCCACAACGACGGCGGCACCACGAUAGUCGACGGGGUUGUUACAAAGGACGAGUCUGUUCAGCUACAGUCGAGCCAGCAGAAUGGGACUAAGUCGCCCCACAAAACACGCGGUGCCAGUGGCGGUGGUUCGGCCGUCGGAUCACCGGCUACGAAAAAUGGCGCUCCGACGGCGGACGGCGGUGCGAUGGCCCAAACACCGAUCAGCAAUCAGGUGAUACCGGGCCCGCAGUCCGCGUCGCACGUCGUCAUCGACGAGAAGAAGAAGAAAAAGUGCACCUGUUGCGUAAUACAGUAGAACCAGGUGAACGAAUAACGACCGAAUACGCGGGCCGAUAGUGGUACAGAGAAGAGCGGAGGAGGAGGGUGGGGAGAUGAUAUGCCCAACGAAAGCGGAAGAAGAAGAAGACGGCGGAGGAGGACGAGAAAGGGUAUUCUGGUAGUUUUCCUAUCACACCAUCCUACCACCAUCACCCCGCAGCAUGCAGCAGGAGCAGAGGACUUGUUACGCGUUGGAAGGACGUAUCAAGCCAAGCCACGGGGAAGGGGUUCCGCUACCGGCUGCAGGGCAACGAGAGUGGGCCUGUUCGAUGUUGUGUAGCGCGAACCUCGCUGGGGCGUUCGCUUUUGAUCGUUGUUAGGGUUUGUGUUUUGAUUUUAUACCAGCCACACUCAGGAUCGGUCAGGAGAAGGGUAUGGUUUAGAAAAAUGGUGUGAUCCGAGUCCGCCGAAUGCAGUGAACCCAAUGCACAUUCUCUGUGUGUGUGUGUGUGUGCGUGCGUGUGUGUGUGUGUGAUGUGGGUGGCACAUUCUUUAAGUAGCAAACUUUUAAUCUUCCUUUCGUUUUUUUCAUUCAUCAUCACUCACACUCUCUCUCUCUCUCUCUUUCUCUCCAUGCUCCAGUCUAUAAAGUCCCUUCAAGCUAUUUUGUCGUGUACUUUAGUUUUUGUAUGCACCUACGUUUUACGGUAGGUUAGCGAGUAAGUGGAUGAUGGUUGUGGAUAAUCGCUGCAAUGCUUGUUUUAUAAUAUUUAUUCUACUUUGAGUUUAACUUAUGUUUUGCACUUGUGGACGGGGACUUUUUCUCAUGCCCGCCGCUUACGGGCGGCAGGCAGGCAACCCUGGUCAGGAUACGCGUAGACAGGAUAGCGAAACGAGACGCAUGGCGCCAGAGCGUGCCAAGAGCAGACAAGAGGAGUGAUCUUAUAUAGAGAGAGACUAUAGCUAGCAAGAGGGAGGCAAAGACGUAGCACAUAGAGACGUGGGAAGCAAAUUGUGGUGUGGCGAAGAUGGCCAACGCGCGAUUGGAAAUUUUGAUUUGUAAAAGCAUGGCAAGGAACUAGCUAGUCUAGUAUCAACAUAGCGUGAUGCCUGUAUUGUCUCUCUCACACAUAAACACACACGCAGACACGGAUAUUUUUACAAUUGAUCAUAUAUAACAAACAAUCUAUUACAUAUAGUAACUAAUGUUAAUAGUUAAGUAUUAAGUGACCAAACGAAGGGAGAGAAAACAAAAUGGAGUCGAAUUAAAUCAACUCAAGAUAGACCAAGCGAGCGAGCGAGCGAGCAAGCAAGCAAGCGAAAGAGAAAGAGGGAGAGACAGAAUGACAGAAUGAAAGCAAAAGAAAGCACGAUCACCGUGCAGCGUAUAAAUGUUAUUCGUUUUGGUUUUUUCGUGCUCGUCUGACGUGCGUGCGUGCGCAGAGACAAUUUUCUACGUUUAAGGCCUCCCCCGGCCGGUAAGAAUGACUCCACACCAAAGGAAAGAGAGUAGGGUGCAGUGAGUCGUCGCUAAGGGCAGACAACGCGUUGUUUUAGUUUUUUUGUAUUGGAAUGAAGCUUUUGAAAACCGGUCCCGGGAUUCGAACCCUGCUGCUGCUGCGUUGACAGCGACGAGCGUUACCGACUGCUCUAUCAGCGGGGGCUGCCAUGGUUUCGAUUCCCGAUACCGGCGUAACAGGGGGGUUGGCGCGGGGCUAACAACCCCGCCCGUUAAAAUGAACUGUUACAGAGAGCAUCAGAGAUUAACAUUGUCUCUGGUGCAGGCUUAGAUCACCCAGUGGUUGUAACUCCAAAUAGGAAGAAUGAAGCUUUUAAGCACAACUACGUAGAGUCUGAGAAAGAGGGACAGAGAGGCAGAAAGAGGAAAAAGAGGUACGACAGGACAGCGCGAGCAUACUUUGUUUGUUUUUUUUUCUCCAGAAAUGUGGGUCAUUUCGCUCGUCAUUUGCCCAUUCCUUUGCAUUGUAGCAUAUGUGUGACAAUCGCUGUGCGUUUCCUAGUGCUCGCUGUACGCAUCACCAUCGAUCAUCGUUUCAGUGUAGCCAUUGCAGUAUAAUCGGCCUCAUAGAAAGAGUUACUACGGAUGUUGUUGCGACUUUGGGAGCACACAUCCUGUGUGUCAGUUUUACGUUAAUUUCAGAUUUCUGUUCCAGUCCCGAUCUCAUACCACACCCACCACCCAUUUUCUUUCGGUUUUCAUUAUUUCGGCGCAAUGACAACUGGUCAAACUGGAUCCAGCAUUUCGAAAUCCAAUAGUAUCCCUGUUCUUGUGUAGUGUCGUAAUCGGCCUGUAUCAUAUUACUGUGUAACGCUAUUCUAUGAAUAAAUUAAACCUUCUUUCGCCCGCGCAGCCACUGUAUUGUUUUGGCCCUUUCACCGCCUUUUUGUUUCAUUUUUUUCGCAUUCGCCUCGUCCCACAAGUCACGUCCCAUUGGCUCUGUUGCAGGCUGAGACCGCUCGGAGAUUGUAUCCCGGAUAGGAAGAGAAGAUUUCUUGGGCACUGUUGUAUGGGCCACGUUCCCGGCUGUUGUGUGUGUAUUUGUGUGCGAAAGGAGAUAGUGAAUUCAAACGAAAAAGCAAAUCCAAUCCAAUCUGCUCGUCUUUGAUCCGAAGCUAAAGCGCCUGACAACGCGAUAGUGCAACGAUGUGCAUGAUUAUAUAUUUUCUCAACUCCAGUAGCUCUGAACCCUACCGUGCCAGCCCGUUACACGACAUAUUCAGGUGCCGGCUCGAUGACAACAGGUCUGUACGGCCAUGCACAUUGCACUUUUAUUCCAACCGCCCUAUGCCCUAACACAACAUUUUGCUUCCGGUAGUGCAGUAGUUUUUUCUUAUUGUUGUAGCACGUUUGCUUCCUCCCCUGGCUAUAGUAAAUGAAGUGCAGCACUGCUGUAGGAAUACAACGUUUUCGGAUCGAAAUCAGAAUGUGGAAAGAGCCGCACUUCAGCGGUGGAAUUGAGGAUUCGAAGAUUGUGAACAGUUGAAACCCACAGGAUAAGGAGGCGUAGGGGCACAACGAGCGAAAUGAAGUGAAUGAAUAGAGUGAACGAACGAGACAGAAACAAUGUUUGGAAUUAGGUGCAAUGGAAAACUAAACAAACAAAGAACGCGUACAUAGUUGAAUAUUGUAGAUAUAUAUACAAUUUUGCCCUUUUUUUGCUGGGUCGGCCACGAACACACACGGAUUACACGCAGCAGAAAAAAAAGGUUUUCAGCCUAUUGUAACACCCACUUCCCUUCCUACCCACUUACGCGACCUAUUUACAAGCAAAACGAGACGGCAACAACCCAAAUACGGCUGUACUGGACGAAGAAGGUUCGCAAGCAAAAAACAAAGCAAAAAAGAAGUACACAGGAAAAAGUGUAGAAAAUGUUAUUUUCGUAAUUGGAUAAAGCGUUAAAGGGGGAGAACGGGAACUAACAAAACAAAUAACAAACAAACAACCUUUUUAUUACUCGCUAACGAAAUUUGAUGAAAAAUAAAAAGAGCAAAAUAAUAUUAUGGAAUAGGAAAGACGAUUAUAGGAACGAGAGGCGCGGCGUGCAAAAAUAAAAGAAAAAAAGAAAAUGAACAAAACCACAACACUAGAUGCAACAUUUAACAAUACAUUUGAUGAACUAUAUACAAAGGAAGGUAAAAGAGCUGGAUGUAAGCGCGCCAGCAAACAAACGAAAUUUGUCUCUGGGCAUAUUGAGCUAGGCGCGAGCGCGAAGCCCUUUCGCGGUGGUAAGGUGCACUAAGCUUCGGUUCCGUAUUCAACCACACAUUUUAGCUCCUUUAUCUCACCUUUUUCGACUUCCAGCUCCAUGGGAGAGAGAGAGAGAGAGUAAUAUUCCCAAUCGCUGCGCAAUAGAAACGCAAAAAAAGGUUCGUACAGUAAGAGUGACCGAAACACACAUACACAAACUACACACAGCAAGGCAUCCCCAAUCAAGCAAACGGAACUUAUGACUCUAUAGUCUAUCCAACAACCGUUACACACCCACACAUUCACACUCACACACCGGAAACAAACAGCGUAGUACACGGAGCAAGAAAAGCCCCGAGCCAGACACAGAGCGACGGAUCGAAAGGACGAUGGAAACCGAAACGAGUAAAAUAAAAAAAAGGCAACCAAGGCAUGGUGCGAAACAUUCGCGACACAGCGCUAGUGACACGCGGUAGUCUCCAAUCAGGAUAGGGCGGGCUCCUGAGGCGGUACCAUAGUAUAUUUUGUACGAAAGUGAAUCGGAGUGAAUCUGGCAUCGAGGCAGUGAGCGAUCGAGGUAGCGAGAAAGGGAGAAUGAAAAAGGGGACGACGCAAACGGUGCGAAACAGAUGGUGAACGUGUUGAUGAGACUAUAAAGAGCCCACUAUAAAAAGAUAUUUAAAUAAAGAAAAAAAU